AUGGCCUGCCGCAGCCGCUACCCAACUCUGACCGCUCUUUCUCGGCUCGGUGUCUUGCAACUGAACUGCAAAUGUGCGUUCGUGGCGUCAUUCGAGAACGGGCAGACGCACGUCAUCGCGGAAGCAGGGUCGUCUGUUCUCGGAGACAACGAGGCAUCUGCUCUAGGACUCAUGACAUUAGGUCUACGCUCCGACGAGGAGGUGAUAUCUCAUCCCCACCAUCCACCCAAGGACACAUGCACCAUUAUCCGAGACAUUUCCGUGCAGACCGACGUCAAACCACACGCUUUCCUGCAACAGCACCCCCGUGCCAGGUUCUAUGCGGAGGUUCCGGUAUGCAGCUCAUCCGGGGAAGUCAUUGGUACAUAUGGUGCUGUAGAUACUCAGGCUCGGCCAUCUUUUGGCGAGGUCGAAUUGGCGGGUCUUCAUGAAAUUUCCAAUUCGGUAGCACACCACCUGGAAUACGUCCGGGAGGCGCGUCGCCAACUCCAGGCGGACCGGUUACUUACGGGGCUUACGGCUUUUGCUCAAGGCCAGGCCAGUACACAAAACGCCGAUUGGAGUAGUCGGCGGAAGAGCAUCGCAUCGAACAGGAUUUCGCUUCGAUCCCUGGAUGUGCCAGACAUUGCUCGUCUGUCGGUCUCGUCCACGGCGACCCGGGAAGUCUCACCUUCUUCGGGUAGACGGCCGGGAAAUGCUCAGGACUCGUCCUUCUUUCAGCGUCGACCCUCGGGUACCCCUAAGGCGGCCUCGCCCUGGGAACAGUCGCAAAAUCCCAGGAAAAGGUCGGAUGACACGAACAGACUGGUGAUUGUCCCGGAAUAUACCGCCACCUCGGAGAAAACCUCACAGCUUUUCGCUCGUGCCAGUGCUCUGUUACAAGAGUGCAUGGAUAGCUCGACUGCUAGCGUAGGUGACUGGGACAUGCUCUCCAGAGAUAGUGACUUGGGGAUGUCCAGUCGCUCGCCAAGUCUCUCCUCUCAUGGACAAUGGGCCGAGCGGUCAUGCGAGACGUUGGGUCUCGCCACAUCCGACCGGGUGAGCGAGAGCACCGCCAACUCGCUUCGACCAGCAUUGACCGAGGGCUUGUUCCAUGAUCUUUUCAACGCUUGCCCCUACGGGGAGAUCUUCAACCCUCCACAGUCGAUCAAUCUUUCACCGCCUAACUCACUGCUGAAUCGUCGCAACAGCCAAUCCCGGAAGGAGAGCGACGUUACUUUGCGUCAGUCGGUCGAGACUCGGCUGGCACAAACGUAUCCCGAAGCCCGGUCCUUCAUCUUUCUGCCGUUGUGGAACUGGAACAAAUCGCGCUGGCUCGCCGGGACACUGAUAUGGACCUGUGACGAAGAUCGCUUGUUCGACCAGGACGAUCUUCACUUCCUGAAAGUGUUCGGGGACUCUGUGAUUUGCAAGUAUUGUCAGAUUGACUGGACGGCGACCGAAAAAUCCAAAUCGGAUCUGCUCUCCUCAGUGAGCCAUGAACUGCGGUCGCCGUUGCACGGCAUGCUGACAAGCACGGAGCUUCUGCAGUCGACUGGGCUUGAGUCCCCUCAGCAGGACAUGGUUACCAUGAUUGAGACGUGCGGUCUGACAUUGCUGGAUACCGUGAACCAUCUGCUUGACUUCACGAAGAUCAACAACUUAACCCUUGUGCACAAGAAAGCCGGGGCCAAUGGAAGUGCACUUGACAAUCUGAUGACUCAUUUCGACCUGGACACGCUCAUAGAGGACGUGGCCGACUCUUUGUAUGUCGGCCAUCGCUCUCUCAUUAAUGCUUCCAAGAUUGCGGGUCGGUACCUGCAGACCGGCACGUCUAUGACGAGUGGAGCUGCAAAGACCAACAACCCCGAUGAUCUGUCGGUCAUUAUUCAGAUCGAGGAUCUCGGCUCGUGGAACAUUCAGUCAUUAUCAGGUGGCUGGCGCCGGAUUGUGAUGAACAUCCUGGGCAAUGCUUUCAAGUUCACUCGGUCGGGAUAUAUCGAGAUCUCCUUGGCGAAGAAGGUGCAUAGAGAUGUGGGAUCCAAGAAGAUCUUUGCGCACUUUUCGGUGAAAGACACUGGAUGUGGAAUUGCGCCUGAGUUUCUUGAGCAUCAGCUGUUCACGCCAUUCGCACAGGAGAAUAUAUUGACCGAGGGGGUGGGAUUGGGCUUGAGUGUGGUGAAUCAGGUCGUCACGUACCUGGGAGGGGAGAUAGAAGUCAAAAGCACUGUUGGCGUUGGAACGCAAGUCGACGUUUAUGUGCCUCUGGACUUUGUGGCGGAGACCUUCGCGCCGUCUGAACCUGUUCCUAGCUCGAUUACGCGGGUUUCGUUGGUCGGAUUGAACGCCUAUGCAGACUUGAGACAAGCCCCGGACGGGCUUCUGCGGCCGGAGGCAAAGCGCAAACUGGCCCUGCGGAGCGCGUUGAGCAAUGUGUUGUUGAGUCAACCUGGGUGGAUGCUGUCAUUUGCCGACUCAAUCGAUAAAGCAUCCGGCGACAUUGGGGUGAUCGAGGAAUCCGCGCUGAAGGCGCUGCACGAGAAGGGCGGGACUCAGCUGAAGUUCAACACAGUCAUUGUGAUCGGGGAACAGGGUGUUUCAAUCCCGCCCGACCUCACGAUCGAGGGUGCCGACGUGAUCUACAUCCCGCAGCCUAUCGGUCCGCGGAAGAUCAUCCAGGCCUUGCAAAGGAUCAAUGAAGCUCGCCCGCAGGCUCCUUCGGCGGAGCAGGAUUAUAUCAUUGGUCCAUUCUCCGGUGCUCAGCGCGGACGCAGCUUGUCGGAUGCCUUCGCCCUGGCCAAGGGAUCCGAGUCGCCACCAGUGGUGCGGGAGAAUGUGUCCGACUUCGCGCCGGACAUGUCGCAGAAAUCGAAACAAAAUGACCUCCACGUGUUGAUCGUCGACGACAAUGAUAUCAAUGUCAAGGUCUUGACCACCUUCAUGCGCAAAAUCGGCUGCAGUUAUGAGACCGCCACCGAUGGCCUUAUCGCGUUGGAAAAGUUCAAAGCGUCGACGAAGCACUUUGAUUACAUUCUUAUGGACAUCUCCAUGCCUGUCAUGGACGGUAUCGAAUCCUCCAGCAAGAUGCGGGAAUUCGAGGAGGAGACCUCGCGCCCGCGCACGGCCAUCAUGGCGGUUACAGGGGUGGCGUCGAGCGAGAUGCAGCAGCAGGCCUUCGCGGCGGGGAUCGACGACUAUCUGGUCAAGCCCCUGUCGCUUCACGACUUGAAACGAAUAAUGAAUAUUGCAUGA